CAGCUCAGCAGCUCAGCCGCGUUCACGCUUCUCUUUCUCCGGUAUGGCGCCAUCAGCAGGUGGCACUUUCUUCUACAAGACCAUGUCAAGUGACAACAAGCUGAGGUGACCCCGACAGCACAUCCACAGUCAGGUGCCCUUUGGUUUAAAUGCCCUCCAGCAUUUGUUGCUGAACCCAUGGCAUUCUAUUUGAAUUACUGGAAAAAUCAGAAAUGAGGACAACAAUUCAGAAGUCUGGCUAAAGAUGGUCCUUUAACAAUUACAUAAAUUCAGGAAUUAAACAUUUCAAAAGAUCCACAUCACAUAGCAGACUAAAUGCAUAAACUGCAGAGCUUCUCUGUAGCCAAACUGGCUACAGAUUUCCUCAGACUGUCCAUGAGAUUAAAGAGCUCUGGAGGAAGACCUUCAGCUCCACUGGGUUCACGAAUUCUGACCAAUCCUGAUGACAUCUUUAAACACAAUAUGUGGGAUCAUGUCCAGUGGACAGAGAAGGACGAAGAAAACGCACGGCAGAAGGCAGAAGAAAAUUCCAGUGAACAGCAUCCUUUAAAGGAACAAGGUAAAUUCGACACAGAAGCUUGUCAGUACUGGGACAAGUUUUACGAGGUGCACCAGGAUAAAUUCUUCAAAGAUCGCAGGUGGCUGUUUUUAGAAUUCCCAGAACUGCUUCCUUCAGGUGCAGAAGAUCCGGACUCAAACAUGUGUCAGGAUCAUCAGCAAGCAACAAUCCCAUUACAUAGUGCAUCGAGCACCGACACAGAGACCAGACACAAUCAACACAUCGAUCUCCACAACAGAAAUACAAACACUUUUCACUUUCAGGAGUUCUGUCAAGAAGCAGCACAAGAAACAAAUGAAGCUGCAACACAAACUUCUACUUUUCCUGGACACCAUGCGUCUUUCAGGAUCUUGGAGGUUGGAUGUGGAGUUGGUAACAGUGUGUUUCCCAUUGUUAAUAAAAUCAAAGAAACUGACUCAUUUUUGUACUGCUGUGACUUCUCCCCGCGUGCCAUUCAGCUGGUGAAGGACCACCCAGACUACGAUGACUCUGUGUGUCAUGCCUUUGUCCAUGACAUUUGUGAGGAGAUGGCCUCCUUUCCCUUUCCGGCUCAGAGCCUGGACGUUAUUCUGGCAGUCUUUGUGCUCUCCUCCAUUCAUCCAGAGCGAAUGCAGGGAGUUGUGAACCGACUAUCCGCGUACCUGAAACACGGAGGGAUAUUCCUCUUCCGUGAUUAUGGGAGAUACGACUUCUCGCAACUCAGAUUUAAGAAGGGACGGUGCUUAUCAGAGAAUUUCUACACUCGUGGAGAUGGAACCUGUGUAUAUUUUUUCACAAAAGAAGAGGUUCAUGAUUUAUUUUCCAAAGCUGGACUGGAAGAAAUUCAGAAUCUGGAGGACAAACGACUACAAGUGAACCGAGGAAAAAAAGUUGUAAUGCGGCGGGUGUGGAUGCAGAGCAAGUACAGAAAAUCAUAUCCACAUGCCUCAUCUUGACACCCUGUCAUUCACAGCUGUAUUUAAAGUCUUUAUAUAUAUAUAUAUAUGUAUGUAUGUAUGUAUGUAUGUAUGUAUGUAUGUAUGUAUGUAUGUAUAUGUGUGUGUGUGUGUGUGUGUGUGUGUGUGCGCAGCAACAAAACUCUUUGCAAUAAACUUUUGAAACGUGUUGUCA